UAUAGAUUUUCUCGAGAGAGCAGAAACAGAGUCACCGGAAAACUCAUCUCCGGCGACAAGAAAAACACUUUAUAUAUUUAGAUUCUGGUGACUCUCUGCUCUGAUGGGUCAAUCUCAAGUUUCUUUCUUUCUUCUUCUAAUUCUUGUUUUAAUCUAUGGAGUUUCCUCCACCACUUUCACCAUCGUUAACCAGUGCAGCUACACCGUCUGGCCUGGACUUCUCUCCGGCGCCGGAACCUCUCCUUUACCAACAACCGGAUUCUCCUUAAACCCUACCGAGACACGUGUCAUCCCAAUCCCCGCCGCUUGGUCCGGCCGUAUAUGGGGUCGUACUCUCUGCACACAAGACGCAACCACCGGAAAAUUCACUUGCAUCACCGGAGACUGUGGUUCUUCCGCCGUAGAAUGCUCCGGAUCCGGGGCUGCACCGCCUGCGACACUCGCUGAAUUCACCCUAAACGGAGCCAAUGGCCUCGAUUUCUACGACGUCAGUCUCGUCGACGGUUACAACAUCCCUAUGACCAUCGUCCCUCAGGGAGGCGGAGAUGCUGGAGGCGUCGCCGGGAACUGCACGACCACCGGCUGCGUUGCGGAGCUCAACGGUCCGUGUCCUGCUCAGCUGAAAGUGGCGACGACGGGAACUGAAGGAGUAGCUUGCAAAAGCGCGUGUGAGGCGUUUGGGACGCCGGAGUAUUGCUGUAGCGGCGCGUUUGGAACGCCGGACACGUGUAAGCCGAGCGAGUACUCGCAGUUCUUCAAAAACGCGUGUCCGAGAGCUUAUAGUUACGCUUACGACGACGGAACUAGUACCUUCACUUGUGGCGGAGCUGAUUACGUCAUCACUUUCUGUCCUUCUCCUAACCCAAGUGUGAAGAGUGCAACGAAAGGACUCCAACCCGAAGCUGUUAGCUACUCUACGGCAACUCCAAACGCGUCGCCAACUCUCUCUGCCGUGUUUUCGAUUGGCGUUUUGACUGUCGCCGCGUCUCGGGCGAUGCAACUUGUUUGUGUUCAAGUAUGUAUACAAUAUACAACGUUCACGCUCGUUAACAAAUGCGAUUUCCCGGUGUGGCCAGGGACUUUAUCCGGUUCAGGUAGUCCCAAACUUGAUACCACCGGAUUCGAGCUCUCCAAAGAUACCUCUCGCACUUUCCGAGCACCAGCAGGUUGGUCUGGUCGCUUUUGGGGCCGUACCGGCUGCAACUUUGAUGGUUCUAGUAGUACCACGAGCUGCUCCACCGGAGAUUGCGGCUCGGGCGAGAUGGAAUGCAACGGAUCCGGAGCUGAACCGCCAGCCACAUUAGCCGAGUUCACUCUCGGCGUUUCCAGGUCUCUAGACUUUUAUGAUGUCAGCCUCGUUGAUGGCUAUAACCUCCCCAUGAUCGUGGAGGGUUCUGGUUUGUGCCCCACCACAGGGUGUGUCACGGACUUAAACCAGAAUUGCCCAACGGAGCUAAAAGCCAAGAGCGGUUUGGCUUGUAGAAGUGCGUGUGAGGCGUUUGGAACACCAGAGUAUUGCUGCAGUGGCGCAUACGGUUCACCUGGUACCUGCAAGCCAUCGAUCUAUUCUCAAGUCUUUAAAUCAGCUUGUCCUAAAUCGUACAGUUACGCGUACGAUGAUGCCACAAGUACUUUCACUUGUAGUGAUACUGAUUACACCAUCACUUUCUGUCCCAACUUGUCCAGUUUGAAGUCUUCAAGAGAACCACCUCCUGAUGAUACAGGAGAUGUAACUGGUUCUGGAACUUCGUCGAGUACAGAGAUACAACAACCGAUAGAAGAAGCGUCAUUAGCGAGUUCUUAUUACGCGGUUAUGGCUAUCGGAGAAGCGACUAUAAAUACUGCUUCUUUUGUUCUCCUUUUGAUCUUCUGUUGGAUCAGCUUGUAGCUUUGGUUACUGCGAAAAAAUGACAAAAAACUGAGAGAGAAGUAGAAACAGAGAAGGGUCAAAAUAAUUGAGAGGGAACUGUUAAUUUCCUCAAUAGUGAAGGCAAAGCUUGUCACUUUGAGGGGAAAUUUCAAUUAAAUAUUAGAUUCGUCAUCUUCUAUCAUUCCCAUGAGCUGCAUAAUUCAAUAAAUUAUAAGUUCUGAA